AUGAGCAAACAGCAAGCCACUGACACGUCACCGCCACCCAACACACAUUCCGACUCCACCAUCCUCACGCCUGCCCCAACACCUGCCGACACCCCUCAGCGGACUACGCCCGUGCUGAUCACGUCCUAUCGCACCGAGUACCACAGCAAAAUGGACGAGCAGUCGCAGGACCACGCUGAGACAGCGGCCCCGCCACACCCCGAGCAGACGACCACCGCAACCGUGCAGAUUGAGGAGCCCGCUAAGCUCAUCCGGAAGAAGACCAAGUGCCACAAGACGAAGCACAAGAAGAAGUCGAAGGCGGUCAAGAAGUCGCACAAUCGCAAGACUCCACGUGAUGACUCGGAUUCAGACUCGGAUGAUGCCACUUCGUCAGACUCAGACUCGGACUCGGGUGACAGCAGUUCUGGGGAAGAGCUGCGGAAGAAGAAGGCAAAGGCGAAGCAGUUGAAGAAAGCCAAGGAGAAGAAGAGGGCUAGGAAGAGCAAGAAGCACGAAUCGGACAGUGAGAGCGACGAAUCAGCUAGCGACGAUGGCGACGACUCCUCUGAUGAGGAUGCUGCUCGGAGAAGGAAGAAGAGCAAGAAGGCCAAGAAGGCGCUCGAGUCAGACACAGAAGAUGCCGUGACCGAUGCAGACGACGAAAAGGAUGUGACGGUGCUCGAGGCACAAGUGCGGGAGCUUAUGAGCAAGAUCGCGGAGCUUCGUACGGCACCUAAGACGUCCAAGGCGAAGCGCAGACGAUCCAGUACGAAGUCGACAAAACCGAGCAGAUCAAAGUCGAAGUCUAAGAAAGUCGACCCCCUAGAGUUCAAGCGCGUCGACCAGCUGUGGGACUCUACCAUUCACAACUACAAGCUGAAGGAAAGUGCCGAAGAGGACGAGGGCGAGUUCGCGGAGUUCGCAUUCCUUGUGCGGAGGCGAUUUGACUGGGAAAACAAGUACCAAAGCACUGUGAUUGACGUCAAGUCGAAGCAGCUACGAGCUGUUCUUGCGGUGGUGAUGAAAGAAUGCAAGAGUGUCAGCCUGGAAGCCGAAGAACCCACCAUCGACCCAAAUCUUCUAUUCCUGUAUCUGGAGGAUCUGAGGACUUACUACAUGAAGACAAUCAAGUCGAAGAUCAAGGCCGAGAAGAAGAAGAAGAAGAAGGCGGUCAAGAAACUCGAGCAGCAGAGGUCGUUGUGCAAGCUUUUAGUGAACUACAUCGACGAAGACUACGCGGAGACCAAGAAGACCCUCUAUCCUCUUCUUGAAGCAGGGAACAUCACUUUCGACCUUCUGUGGGCGCUCUUCACACCAAAUGACAUCGCAAUCACUUCCUGUUACGGCUCUUGGGACGAACCUCGAUGCUUCAAGGUCGACUAUGCUAUGAAGUAUCAGACCAUGACCCGCGGCGAGUGGUACUGCAUUGAAGGCAAGUACAUGGAGUACGAUGGCAAGGGUUUCGGCUUUGGCGAGUUCGAGGUCGACGUAGAGGCCUUCAAGGGCCCGCGCAAGAUCACUAGCCUUGCCUCCUUCCCGCUGAAAUACCACAAGGACCCUGAAGGUGUCAAGAAGCAGAUCGUGGAGCGCGGUCAACGCUUUGUCGAGAUGGAGGGUAUGGAGUACAUGUUCCACAAGGGUCUUGCAUUUAUGAAGAAGAAGAAGCAGGUGCUGAAGAUCAACAUCAAUGGUCGCAUCAUGAUCGACCCCGCCACCUUCAGAAGAGUCAAUCCGAACUACCCUAUCUCGCUCAUCAAGCCAAAGGAGGCUGAUGAUCUGUUCAGCGAGAGCGAAGGUGACGAUGACUGCACAUGCUGCGGCGAUGAUUCUGACGACGAAGACGCGCUGGGUGGCAACGAAGAGAAGUUGGACAACGAGGAUGCCAGCGAAUCGAAAACGCCCAGGUACAAGUACAAGUGGGUCGAGGAUGACCAUGGCGACCCUCAUUUCGUUGCUGUGGAGGUGGACGAGAAUGGCGAGCCUGUCCGAAGUGAGUCACUCGACAAGCUCGAGAACUCCGACGGGCAGAAGCGGUCAUACACGUCAGAACAGCUCCUCCUCACAUCGCCCGUCGUGCUAGGCUUCGCAUUCUCAGAGAAGCUGUGGCUGGAGUUCUCACUCUCCGGUGUCCACGAGAUCACCUGGAACGACGAUGCCUUCGAUUCCUUGGUCCUGGAAGGCGACAAGAAGAGCACAGUCCGCGCUCUCGUGGAGAGCCACAAGUUUCACGCCGCACACACCAUCGACGACGUUGUCCAAGGCAAAGGCAGAGGCCUCGUCUUCGUCCUUCACGGCCCACCCGGGACCGGCAAGACUCUCACCGCAGAAGGUAUAUCAGAACUUCUGCGUUGUCCACUCUACAUUGUCUCCGCCGGUGAGCUCGGUACGGACCCAGCCCGCCUCGAACAAGAAUUGCAGAAGAUUCUCGACAUUGCUCACUCCUGGGGUGCACUACUCCUUCUCGACGAAGCAGAUGUCUUCCUCGAGAAGCGAGAGGUGCACGACAUCCAUCGCAACGCCCUCGUCUCCAUCUUCCUCCGCUUACUUGAGUACUUUCAAGGCAUCCUCUUCCUCACCACCAACCGCGUCGAGACCUUUGACGAUGCCUUCCAAUCCCGUAUCCACGUCGCCUUGCGCUACGAAGAGCUCACCCCCAAGGCGAAGAAGGAAGUUUGGAAGAACUUCAUCAACAAGGUCAGACGGCAGGAGGGUGCACAAGUCGCGGACUUCUCUGAGGAGGAGUUCACGGCCUUGUCGAGACAUCGCAUCAAUGGACGGCAGAUCAAGAAUAUGGUUCGGACUGCGCAGGCGUUGGCUCUCAAUGAGGGUGUCAAGUUGACGAUGGGACAUAUUCGCCGCGUUCUGGAUGUGGCGGAGACGUUUGAUCGGGAUUUGAAGGGUGGGACAGGGUACAUUGAUGCUAUGAGGAGUUAUACUUAG